UGAGGGUUCUAGUAUAAAUUUAAACGAAAUUUGUAGCAUAAAUUAAAAAAAACGCCAUCAGCAAUUGACCUUGAACUUUUCUGUAAUUUACUUCCGAGUUCAUGUUGUUUUUCUGUAACGGGAAAUUAGUCAUAAAAUCGAUCAACAUCGAAGAUAUUCUACAGCCGAUCUAUGAUUUGAUGUUUCACAAAUGUCCGUCUAACAUAUUUAUACAAAUAGACUCGGAAUAAAGACUUUGAAAUCAAGAUGAGCUUCCUAUUUGGAAGUCGGAGCAAUAAGACAUUCAAGCCUAAGAAGAACAUUCCAGAAGGGACUCAUCAGUAUGACUUGAUGAAACAUGCUGCUGCAACACUAGGGAGUGGAAACCUACGUCUGGCUGUAGUUCUACCAGAGGGGGAGGACCUCAAUGAAUGGGUGGCAGUUAACACUGUAGACUUCUUCAACCAAAUCAACAUGUUAUACGGGACAAUCACAGAGUUCUGCACUGAAACCUCAUGCCCUGUAAUGUCUGCCAGUCCGAAAUAUGAAUAUCACUGGGCGGAUGGACAAACUGUUAAAAAGCCAAUCAAAUGUUCGGCACCAAAAUAUAUAGACUAUUUAAUGACUUGGGUCCAGGAUCAGUUGGAUGAUGAGACAUUAUUCCCGUCAAAAAUAGGUGUCCCCUUUCCAAAGAACUUCCUGACCAUUGCCAAAACUAUACUCAAAAGACUUUUCCGUGUUUACGCACACAUAUACCACCAACAUUUCAAGGAGGUAAUACAGCUCAAUGAGGAGGCUCAUCUCAACACGUCAUUCAAACAUUUUAUCUUCUUUGUUGAAGAGUUCCACAUGAUCGAGCGCAAGGAACUAGCGCCUCUUCAGGAACUUAUAAUGGAGAAGUUAACUAGAAAAAUAUCACUAUCUGGUUCCUUCAAUUGA